GCCGGUCGGCUGGGUCGUACGUGUCCCGUGAUUGUUGACGGUGUCCGCAUCACCGUGCACAUGUUGAGUGAUACUUCGGCAUGUCGAUGUCGUGAAUUGUAACAAGAUGGACUUUCAAAGUGCAAUGGAGACGUUCGCGGAGGCGUGGGCAGCGGCCAACACUGUCAAAUCAGAGGGCCCUAGUGAUCUGUCGCAGAACCUCGCAUCGGAGUUACGUCGCAGCAAGACGCCGCCGCGGAGGUCGCCGGAGGAACGCGCGGCUCCGCGUCCGCCCUCCGCUCCGGUACACAAUGAGCGCACACCGCACACGCCCCCCAAAAAGGAGGUCUUUAAUAACCUCUUCAGCAAAAGCAUAUCGGGUAAAACCUUUCCAGUACACUGCGUUGUGGAAGCAGUGUCGACCCUCGAAGAAGAUGGUUGGAGACGGCGCACCGUCGUUGAAACCGACAGCUAUGUCAUCAUACCCGCAUCCACACCUUUCCAGGAGUUGGUCCCAGCAGCCAUGAUGAGACUUGGAUAUCCUCAUGAACUAUCUGCGUCCGCUAAAGGUUCAGUGGUGAUCAACAAUUGGAAACCAUUACCCUUCGAUAGAAUCUCUGAGGGUGCACUAGCAACAGUUGGGGAGGUAUUGGGGGAGCUGGCUACAGUGGCGACAUUGCGCAUACAAUUGUUGAGGCCGAGACCGACACCACUGCAGGACAUAAAGGACAAACUUCUGAGGCUUCUACUUGUUCAGAGUAGACCGCUGCUCAUGUCGACAGGAUGCCCUUUAGAUGAGGUGACUUUAGCUCAAAUCUGCCGUGGUCACGAUAGAACACCGGGACCUCACAAUUUUCACGAGCCGUCUGAAGAGAUGCGUCGGAAAUUUGAAUCAUGGUGGAGUACACAAUUAACUCCUAGAGCACCAGCUUUCAGUCCUCGUCGAUAUCCAUCUCCGGGGCCUAAAAAUCGAUCGCCGACGCUGAAUACAAUUCCAGAUCAUUUACACCCCGCCUUACAAACUGUACAAAGUCAAUAUCCGACACCGAAAACAAGAAUGCGAACAAGCUUUGAUCCUGAACUUGAGUUACCAAAAUUGCAACGUUGGUUCUCAGAGAACCAGCAUCCGAGUCGGCAACAGAUUCAGCAAUACGUUCGGGAAUUGAACAAUUUAGAGUCAAGACGAGGCCGAAAACCUUUGGACGUUAAUAACGUCGUAUAUUGGUUCAAAAAUGCACGAGCAGCCCAAAAGCGUGCUGAGCUACGCAAUAUUGGCGGAUUAGGAUGCCAACUUAAUGGUUUCAAUAGUAGGAGCCAUAGUCCAUCAAAUGGUUCGUUAAUGACUGGUAAUGACAGUUAUACAUCUCAAGAUCACAAUAAUUCAAUGAAAAGCCCUUUGCAGUUGUCAGGAAGUCCCGGCAGGUAUCCUAUGUCGGUAAUGUCUGAAGACAAUCUGUCAAAUGGUGGUUCUGAUUUGGAAGAUGAUGGGGCUGAUUUAAAUCCUGAUGAUCGCCCAGAGAGUCCUGAUGCGCCACUUUCUUUGAUAACGACGAAGAAAAAUAAUAAUGAUGGGGAAGAAGGAACUCAAGAAUCGCCAAAAUCACCAGAUAUUGUGAAGGUUGAGUACGUUAAGCAAGAACCAACAGAUCUGAGCAAACCUGAUCAAGGUAAUUCUCCUCAACGUUCUCCAGCUAAAAACAGUGAUAGCCCAAACAAUAACAAUAGCAUUAACAAUAAUAAUAAUGAGGAAGAAAAUGGAGUAGCUGAUGAUCACGACGUAUCCGAUGACGAAGUCAUGCAAGAACAUAAAUACAGAUCUCAUAUAGAUCGCUUACCGUUUCCUAUGGUCCCAAAUCCUUCAAUGUUUGGACCUCCUGGUAUUAUAUAUAUGAGUCAAUACAUGAGUGGAUUCCACGGAGUUGGAGGAGUACCUGGUGAGAGUGCCAGUGGCUUGAACUUAGCGCUCGCCGGCGCAUCAGAUGAACGUCGUAAACGCAAUAGAACAUUCAUAGAUCCAGUAUCAGAGGUGCCCGUAUUAGAGCAAUGGUUCUCAAUGAACACACAUCCGUCACACAAUUUGAUACUGAAAUAUACAGAGGAGCUCAACAGAAUGCCUUACAGGCAGAAGUUCCCGCGACUCGAAUCUAAGAACGUGCAAUUCUGGUUUAAGAAUCGCCGAGCGAAGUGUAAGAGAUUGAAGAUGUCGCUCUAUGAACCUUCAUCCCCAUCCCACUAUUCUCAUCCUGGACACCCACACUCGAUUGGCGAUAGGAAAUUCGAGCCGAACAAAAGUAUUCCGGGGAUGCAAUAUACCUAAAUUAAGAAGAACUAUCUUUCUGUAAGAUUUUGUUAAUGGUGUCAGAUUAACACGAAGACUGAUUUCAGAUCGUAUAAUGGUGUAGUGCCAUGUUAGUAUUAUUAUGACAGUGACGUCAUUUUAACAAUUCGUAUUAUUCUGAGGACUUGAGUGCCACGUCUGUGGUUCACCAUAGGGUAGAUAUUACUCCAAAGCGACUCUUGUAAGAAUAGUAUAUUAUUAUAAUAUAGAUGUAAUCUACGUAUUUUAAGACAACGAUAAUAUCGUUGCAUGUACAUAUGUUAUGUACAAAUAUAUAACGGAAGACGCGUCACAACGCAAAUAUUAUUGAAUCUCAAAUCUCUGUAUGUAUAUGGGCGAUGAACGACUCAAUUUUAUUUAUUAAAUAUUUCUGAUAUAAAAAUCAAACUGUUAUAACUUUACUAUUUUAUUGAUACUCACAAGUACCACUAAAAUAUUUUUAGUAUUAGGUGACUUAGACGAAUCGAUGUUUAGAUUGGUAUUCAAUGUUAUUUUGUAAUAUAUCUACAUAAAUAAUGAGUCAUUUAGUUGUAAGGAUGAUAUUAGUGCACAUAUAGUAGAAUAUUAUAACAUAGAUGAUAAUUUAUAUUCGGCCUAAGCUCCGGUUGAUGAUGGCUGAAGUAGAUUGCGCACAUUCCGUAUUUCGUCUUAAUUUAGUAAUGCUUCCUCAAUCCAAAGAUUGGUUAGUGUUAAUGAUCUAGUAAGAUAAUACCAAACUGCUCACAACAUUAUCUAAUAAUAAAGAACUUGUAUUACUAUGAAAUGAGUAAUAUUAUUAAAGUAUCUAUAAAGUUCGGCAUUUACUUUUCUGUUAAAUUUGUUGAAUUAAUUAUAUUUGUUACUGAACGGAAACAUCUAUUCGUAUGAUCUGCUUGAGAUUAUGGUCUUGUGUAAGUCGGGAGAGUCAUUAUAUCUAAAAAUUCUAGUGUCAUCACAAAUGUAGUCAUGUAUAUUGUUAUUAAUAUUUAAAUACAUUAUUACAAUUAAUAUUAAUUUUAACAUCUCUAUGACUAUCACUGUAGAGUCACGAAUAUACAAUUCCAUAACUUACAAGUGUGUGCUUGACAUUAGUUUUCUAAAUUUGUUUAAUUUCAAAUUGUAUAUAAAAAUAAAGAUUAUUGUAGUAAUACAUGUUCUUAUUUGGAUAUUUUAUUAUUUAACAGUAUUUACGCAUUUAUCGAUUGAGGCUGUUUGUCACAUUAUGUAUCACAAACUAUUGUUUUAUAGUUUUUAAUCAAUUAGUUGUAACUCUUAUGAAUUGUUUUCGUUGUACCAUGUUAUGUGCUUGUUUUGUGAAGCUGUGAUGAAUUUUCCAAAUAAUUAUUGUAAAUAAUUUAUUAAUGUUAAUAAGGGUUCCAUUGUAAAAGUACGUCACUAGGCUCACAAGAACAUUCAAAGCAUUUACCGCUUAGGUAAUAAAGAUAUUGGCUAAAUGUUUAUUCAAUUCAAUUAUAUAAA